AUGCACCUGUUCCAUGCUGCAGAGACAAGAAUAUCUGGUCAUAAAGCCAGUUCAGAAAUCACACCACUUGGUGCCAGUGAUUAUUUGGAAAUAGCCACACAUUUUGACUUUGUCUUCAUUCGUCACAUACCUCUGCUUACAAUGGCAAAAAGGACUCAGGCUCGGCGCUUCAUUACUCUCAUUGAUACAUUUUAUGACAAAAAGGUAUGCAUCAUUUGUUCUGGAUCAGCACCACUUCAAGACAUAUUUCUUCAAGAACACCAUGAUAGUGGCCAGGAUGAAAGUAGGAUACUGAUGGAUGAUUUGGGGUUGAGCCAGGAUUCUGCUAAAGCACUCUCUAUGUUUACGGGAGAAGAGGAGAUUUUUGCUUUUCAGCGUACCAUCUCCCGACUCACUGAAAUGCAGACUGAACAGUACUGGAAGGAAGGGGACAGAAACAAGAGCCUAUUGUAG